GUUUUGUGGUUUAAUUAAUAAUUCUCUGUCAGAGACAAAAGCUAUUAUUGCUAGCUGCUUACAACUAACCAGAGUAGUAGGAAAAUGGGGAAUAGCCUGGGUAGGAAAAAGACUACCAAGGUCAUGAAGAUAAACGGGGAAACAUUCAAGUUGAAGACCCCGGUGAAAGCUGAAGAGGUGGUGAAAGAUUAUCCAGGACAUGUUUUGCUAGAAUCGGAAGCUGUUAAGCAUUUUGGUAUUCGAGCUAAGCCUUUGCAGCCACAUCAGAACUUGGUGCCCAAGAGGCUUUACUUCUUGGUAGUGUUGCCAGAAGCUCCCAAAGAACGAGUUCCAAGAAAGGUUUGGUCGGGUAUAAACAUGAGUGCUAAAGACAGGCUCGAGAGCCUGAUGCUGUCGAGGAGGUCUGUAUCUGAUCUCACACUCAUGAAACCAAAAAGUGUAACACCCGAGGAGUCUGAAGAAGAAGGAGGGUCUAAGAGUGGAGCAAUGAGGGUAAAGAUGAGGCUAUCCAAGGCAGAAGUGGACAGGUUGAUGAAAGAAAGCAAAAAUGAGGCAGAGGCAGCAGAGAAAAUCAUGCAACUUUGCAUGGCAAAUACCAGAAACAGCCCACGUGAAGCUACGCAGAAUGGAAAGGAUGGCAUGUUUAUGCAGCAACAAGUGCAUUGGAAGGGUAGCCAUGGAAGUGACGUCGGAGCAGGUAUGAAGGCCCGUGAGAAAAGGGUGAGCUUCAUGCCAAUCAAUGAAGGAGGGAGCCAAAUAGCAGUUAGUUCUUAACAAAUCCAAAGACGAGAAAUUACGUAUUCUAAAUAAAUAAGAGCAAAUUAAGCAAUGGAAGAAGUUUCAUAUAUACUCCAUAGUCGUUUUUCCACAUCCUCUCCUAGCUUGAUCAGUUGUUUUUGUGUACAUACAACAAAUUUAGCUACUUUCAAGCUUUUUAGGGAAUUUAUGAAAGAGCUUAGAAUGAGAGAUGUAAC